UCGAACUCUGGGAUUGGGCCAAGCAGACUUUCUUAUGUAUUACCUUUUGAGAAUUCUAAAAGUACAUCACUUAUUUGCCAUCUUAGAAAAGAUUUACAAGGAAUUAUUCAUGCUUUCAAGACUGAAUUUCCAGAACUAAGGAUCAAGGAAUAUCAUG